AUGUUAAAUUCUUCUCAACUGAACCAAACAGAAAUUGCCAAAGUUCAUUGUUUUGAAGAAUCGACUUGUUAUCCUUUAGCCUUUGGAUUUAAUUUGAUUAUACUAGCAUUAGCAUUAGUUUGUUUUCUGAUUGGACAUCCUAUGUAUAAAAUGAAUCCUCCUUCUGGCACCGUACUAUCAAAGGGAGUUAAAUGCACAAUACAUGCAGUCGUAAGGAAGAUUAGACUGAGGAAAGUGGUAAUCAAGGAGCAUUGGUUGGAUUAUGCGGAUGAUAAAUUUGAUGCGCAAUUAAUCUUCGAUAUUAAAAUACUACUUCGAGUUGUAUUGAUAUAUCUACUCCUACCGAUGAUUUUGGCUCUUUUCUUUUUAAGGUUUUCUAGUUUCAUACUGCAAGCAACCAAGCUAAACAAUCGAGUUUUAGGAUUUGAGAUUGAAGCGGAUCAAAUUCAAGUACUAGUUCCAUUGUUAAGCAUUUCAUUAAUCCCUAUUCUCGAGUACAUCGUAUAUCCUAUCUUCAAUAAAUGUAAUUUGUUAACAAGUUCCUUGCAGAAAAUCAUUGUGGGAGGCAGUUUAAUGGCAUUAUCAUAUUUAAUUGCAGCUUAUCUACAGUUGUCAUUAGAGAAACAUCUAUUAAACUGUGAUGCCAAGUAUCGCCUUACUAUCGUAAAUUACACUCCGUGUGACGUAAGUGUAGAAACUCCAAUUAAUUCAUUGGCUACGAAUGAUAAUCAGGUUAAAGAAAAAAUUACUGAAGAUGAUUUCGUUCGUGGUUUAAAUAUAAUUGCCACCAACUGUACGCUACAGGAAGAAAAAAUAAAUUUCCAUUUAUAUAGCAACAUCUCAGAAACAACAGUUAUUUUCAAUAUUCGUGGAAUUAAUCCAACUAUAAAUACGAAAGUUUUACCUGUACCCCAAAUCAAUAUUAAAUACGGAAUGAACGUAUCUUUGGAUAAUUCACCUCUUCUGUUAAAAAAUAAGACGUCAAUAAGAAAUUCUCACAUGACAGACAGAUAUACAGACGUUAUGAACAUUAAUAUUAAAAGUGGAAAUAUCUGCAAAGUUAUAGCAUUUGAAGAUCAAAAUGGAAUGUUGAAAUGGCAACACGAAGAUUUAUUACAAUGCAAUUCUUUAUCCAUCUUGCUUCAAAUACCUCAAUACACUUUACUGGCAGCAGGAGAGGCUAUGUUCUACAUUAGUGCUAUGGAAUUUGGAUAUAGUGAAGCUCCAACCAGUAUGAAAUCCAUCAUUCAAUCAUGUUUUUUCCUUGAUUCGGCAUUGGCGAAUUUCAUGAUUCUUAUUGUUCAGCAAAUGAAAUUCUUAGGUAAAGAGUCUCAUAAAUUAUUCAUUUAUUUUGGACUGGCUGUUUUAGAUAUUAUGGUCUUAAUACUUGUAGCUUAUAAAUAUAAAUAUAGAAACUAUGUUAUACUAUCUAAAACUCCGUCAACGAAUGAAGAUAUUGUAAAUUAAUAUUCAAUCAAUGUACAGUACUGUAAUUCA